AUGAACUCAACAGCUCCUGCGCCCGAUGUCUAUAGUCAACUCUACGGGGGUGUCGACUACUCCUCUCUCAACUGGUUCGAACAACAAUGGGUCGCUUGGUACGUCUGGAUUGGUAACCCAGUCAUUGCGACUGGUCUCUUGGGCUUCCUCAUGCAUGAGAUUGUUUAUUUCGGUCGUUGCAUUCCUUGGAUUAUCAUCGACGCGAUUCCCUACUUUAGAAAAUGGAAAUUGCAACCAAGCAAGGUUCCGUCGGCCGAAGAGCAAUGGGAAUGUACAAAGUUGGUUUUAUGGGCACAUCUCACGGUUGAGCUACCUACUAUCUGGCUUUUCCAUCCCAUCGCGGAGUUUAUUGGAAUGAAGACCUAUCAAGUACCUUUCCCUACAUGGCAGACCAUGCUUUGGCAGAUAGCGUUCUUUAUGUUGUUUGAAGAUGCGUUCCACUUCGUUUCCCACCGUGCUCUUCACAUUCCAAUCCUCUACAAACACAUCCACAAGCUUCACCACAAGUACUCGGCACCCUUUGGUCUCGCUGCCGAAUACGCCCAUCCAGCUGAAGUUAUGAUUCUCGGAUUUGGAACUCUGGGAGGAUCGCUCCUUCUGUGCUUGUUCACCGAAGUUCACUUCGUUUCCUUCUGGAUCUGGGUAAUUCUCAAACUGUUCCAAGCUAUUGAUGCACACAGUGGUUAUGACUUCCCUUGGUCGCUCCAACACAUUUUGCCUUUCUGGUCAGGAGCUGACCAUCAUGAUUUCCAUCAUAUGGCGUUCACGAACAACUUUGCGACCUCUUUCCGUUGGUGGGAUAGGAUUUGUGGUACUGAUGACAAGUAUGUGGCUUACCAGCGUCGGCUUACUGAAGCCAAGAAGAAGGCUAAGACGGGUGGUCGUGAGGAGUUGUUGUUGAUUGAGAAGCAGUUGUUGGAUGAUGUUUUGGCGGAGGGUUUCAAGGAGGAAGCGAGAGUGGUGAAUAGUAAGAAUAGUUUGAAGAUUGAGUGA